AUGGCCAUAUUGAACACUUGCUUCUUCUUCUUACUUGCUAUCAUGGCAAUGGCCCACAUCUCAUCAGCAUCACUGAAAGUGGGCCAUUAUCGAUUUACAUGCCCAUCUGCUGAGAGAAUCAUCCGACAGACUGUGAGCAAAGCUGUUACCUAUGACCCAGGACUUGGUGCUGGACUAAUUAGGAUCCAUUUCCAUGAUUGCUUUGUUAGGGGCUGCGAUGGUUCGGUCCUACUUGAUUCCACGCCUGGACAUCCUUCAGAGAAACAGCAUCCAGCCAACAAUCCAAGCCUACGUGGAUUUGAAGUGAUCGACCAAGCAAAGGAUAGGAUUGAAGCUCAAUGCCCAUACACUGUCUCCUGCUCCGACAUCAUUGCCUUCGCAGCUCGUGAUAGUGCCUACACGCUUGGUGGCAUUGACUACGAUGUGCCAUCGGGCCGCCGUGAUGGAAUAGUCUCCACCAAAGAGGAAGUCGGUCAAAAUCUCCCCAAAGCUUCCUUCAAUGCCCAGCAACUCAAGGAGAACUUCAAGCGAAAAGGGUUGUCUCUUGAUGAAAUGGUGACACUCGCCGGGGCCCACUCGAUCGGUGUUUCUCAUUGCUCUUCCUUCAUGAAUCGCCUCUACUCCUUCAAUGCCACCCACCAACACGAUCCUUCAAUGGACCGCAAGUUCUCAGCCUACUUGAAAAAAAGGUGUCCGCCUUGGACUAAUAGGAACGGUCAAGAUCCUGUGGUGAACCUUGACACGACAACACCGAAUCGCCUGGAUAACAAGUAUUACCUCAAUUUGAAGCACCAUAGAGGAUUAUUGGAGUCGGAUCAAAUACUACUUACUAGCCCCUUGACGUCGAGAAUGGUGAGGAACAAUGCGAAGCAUAAGUCAGAAUGGUUUGCAAAGUUCGCAGCGGCCAUGGUGCACAUGGGGUCAAUCGACGUCCUGACCGGCUACCAAGGAGAGAUCAGGAAGAACUGUAGGGUUGUGAACUAUUGAGUCAUUCUAAUUAUAGGAAUUGCAACAGUUCUUUUAUUCAUUUGAAUUUUUCAUUGAUUUU